GCGUCUGGAGAGGACUUGGCGGUUACCCACGUAACAAGCAGCCCUCACUCCCGAGUUGUCCUGGGCCUGCAGCGAACAUGGGCGUGCUUAGGGAUGGACUGUGUCCAGGCCUCACCCAGGAGAUGGUCCAGCUUCUGAGGAAUCGCGGAAUCAAGACAGUGGUGGACCUGGUUUCUGCAGAUCUGGAAGAAAUAGCCCAGAAAUGUGGUUUGUCUUAUAAGGCCCUGGUUGCUGUGAGGCGGGUGCUGCUGGCUCAGUUCUCAGCUUUCCCCUUCAAUGGCGCUGAUCUCUAUGAGGAACUGAAGAGCUCUACUGCCAUCCUGUCCACAGGCAUUGAGAGCCUGGACAAACUGCUUGAUGCUGGUCUCUACACUGGAGAAGUGACUGAAUUUGUAGGAAGCCCAGGUAGCGGCAAAACUCAGGUAUGUCUUUUUGUGGCUGCCAAUGUGGCCCACAGCUUGCGGCAGAAUGUCCUAUACAUUGAUUCCAGUGGAGGGCUGUCAGCCUCUCGCCUCCUUCAGCUGCUUCAGGCCCGAACCCAGGAUGAGGAGGAACAGGCAGGAGCUCUCCAGAGAAUCCAAGUGGUGCGUGUGUUUGACAUCUUCCGGAUGCUGGACGUGCUGCAGGACCUCCGAGGCACUGUGGCCCAGCAGGUGAUCAGUUCUUCCGGGACUGUGAAGGUGGUGGUGGUAGACUCGGUCACUGCAGUGGUCUCUCCACUUCUGGGAGGUCAGCAGAGGGAAGUCCUGGCCUUGAUGAUGCAGCUGGCACGGGAGCUGAAGACCCUGGCCCGGGACCUCGGCGUGGCAGUGGUGGUGACCAACCACGUGACGCGAGACAGAGACAGUGGCAGGCUCAAACCUGCCCUCGGACGCUCCUGGAGUUUUGUGCCCAGCACCCGGGUUCUCUUGGAUGUGGGAGAUGGAGCAGGCACAUCAGGCAGCCAACGCAUGGCAUGCCUGACCAAGUCUCCCCGUCAGCCAACAGGAAUCCAGGAGGUGGUAGACAUCGGGAUUUGGGGGACUACAGAGCAGAGCCCGGUGCUAGAGGGUGAUCAGACAUGA